AUGGACCCCAGCAAAGUCAAAAUCCCACCCAUGAAAGACCUAACGGUCGACAACAUCACCGAGAACGUGAUCCGAAUCAACUCGCUCUGCGAAGACGAGCGACUAAAAUACAUUCUCGAGCGACUCGUCACACACCUUCACGACUUCGCAAGAGAAACCCGUCUUAGCACCGAUGAAUGGAUGACCGGUUUGAGAUUCCUUACGGAAGUAGGCAAGAUUUGUUCGGAUGUUAGACAGGAAUACAUCCUCCUCUCAGAUAUCCUCGGCCUCUCCAUCCUCGUCGACUCCAUCGACCACCCCAAACCCCCCAACAGCACCGAAGGCACCGUGCUGGGUCCAUUCCACACGCACGACGCCGCGCCCCUCGUCCCCGGGUCCAGCAUCAGCCACGAUCCCGCCGGCGAGCCCCUCCUCGUCGUCUGCACCGUCAAAGAUACCCACGGGAAGCCCGUCAAAGACGUGAAGAUCGAUAUCUGGGAGACGGAUUCCACCGGCCAUUAUGAUGUGCAGUAUCCCGGGAGGGAUGGGCCCGAUGGUAGAUGCAUCAUGACCUCCGACGAGGAAGGUGUGUUCUGGUUCAAGGCUAUUACGCCCGUCCCCUACCCUAUUCCGCAUGAUGGGCCGGUUGGGAAGUUGUUGAAGGUUCUGGGGAGACAUCCGUAUCGGCCCAGUCAUAUGCAUUUUAUGUUUGAGAAGGAAGGGUUUGAUCAUUUGAUUACGGCGCUGUAUCUCCGUAAUGACCCCUAUGAGACCUCGGAUGCCGUCUUCGGGGUUAAGGAUUCGCUGGUCGUGGAUAUUGGUAAGGCUGGGCCGGAAUAUGCGGCCAAGUAUGGGGUUUCGGAGGAUCAUGCGUUGUUGACGUAUGACUUCGUGUUGGUGAGUGAUGAGGAGACGAGUGAGUUGAGGGCGAGGAAUUCCAAGGAGGCGUUGGAUAAGUUGGGGAGGAAGGUCAAGAUUGUUAAUGGGUUGCCGGUGCCGGAGCUGGAUUGA